UAUCAAACCCGAAUCCAAGGUUAUUUAUGGAUUUUCGAACAUCCAUCAAGAGUCGUGAUGAUCUGGGAUUCCGAUUGUACGAACAAUCGACCUACAACGAGUAUAAAUCCAUUUCGCCCUCCUUCAGACAUCUAAAAGCAAAAAUCAUCGUUGCAAAUUCUCCUUCAGGUAGUUUUCUUACAACUACAACAGACUCUCACUCACCCAACAAUGGCGGACACUCACGACACCGACAAAAACAUCGAAAUAUGGAAAAUCAAGAAACUCAUCAAAGCACUGGAAGCAGCACGUGGCAAUGGAACAAGCAUGAUUUCUCUCAUCAUGCCACCACGUGA